AUGGCAGGGAAUGCUUCAACGCGGGGCUGGCUCAUGUGGCAUUCAGUACGAAGCAAACUGCAGCUCUCCAAUUUUCGAGUAUGGAAGGAUGAGCGAGAAAUUCCUCUUAUACGCGAAGACGUCGAUGUCAAGGAAGGAGAUUCCAUUGUACCCACGGCCAUUUACCGACGUGCUGAUCGCCAAGUAAUGACAGGACCAACGGUCAAGUCACCUGCCAUCAGAACAAUGAUCGUCGAGAAUCGCAAAUGGAAGCCGUUCAUGACCAUCUACUCCCCUGUGUCAAGGACGAAAAGAUCUGGAUUGGACGAACCUGCUGCCAAAUCGCCUUACGAACUAACUAUCGAAAUUGGUCGCUUCAAAAACUGGGAACAAGCGAAUUCCUGGGCCGUCCGCAUUGAAUGGGAGUAUCCUGUCGGUUCAGGAAAUUGGCGAUACAUGUAUGUUCAGUCAGAACAUACGGUUGAGCUAGCAGAUCAUCGCGUACCGGGAUCUUUUAAGAGCUACAUGAAAGGAAUUGCAUUCCUUCAAUGGAUCACUGGCUCUGAGCAAAAUCAUCACCACGCCUGGAUUCCCAAGAUACGUGGAAAAGCACGGGUUAUGCAGUGCGACACAGACAUGAUGAACCAGACGUUUGUCUUUCGCAGCAAAACUGAUCCAAUCUUCAUGUUACCUGGAGACAUCAUCCCUGAUGAUGCGAUCAAGAAUCUCAUGAUGAAGCCAGAGUGUGGCCUCAGGGUCAACGUCCAAUUUGGCGACUUUGGCAGCGCUAUGGUCGGACAUCGCAAAUUUUGCGACACUUGCUGUUUGGUUCAAGCAUACUUGAACUGGUCAUCCUUUCCCGACAAGACGUGCACAAAAGACAAGCUCAACGAUAGUCGUUGUACGACAUGCGCGCAUUUCGGUCGUCCUUGGUGUUCUUGGACUCCUGGCCUUCCUAGCCUCCGCACUCUACGAUCGUCCGCAUCAUCCCCCGAGCAGGUUAUUCUUGUACAAAAGACUUUAUUUAUUCUAGUCCGACUACCUAAGGUUGAAAUUCCACCUGAAAAACAGUCCUUUACCUUACAAUUGCGAGGUCUCGAAGAUAUUCAUGAAGAAGACGAUGGUGGUGACCGCCAAGGCAGCGAGGAUGAGGAUGAGGACGAGAACGAGGUUGAUGACGAGGGCGAUGAUGAAGACGAGUUGGAGGGUGUGUAG